UAAUUUACUUAAAUCAGAACUUAAACUCCUAAAUGGAUAAUCAUGUGCCCACAAUUCUUGAAUCGCUGCUGUUAGCAUUCCUGUAAAGAAGAAAUGGGUUUCCAAAAUAUAUGGUAUUCGCAUCCACGAAAGUAUGGACAAGGAUCUAGGUCUUGUCGUGCUUGCGCAAAUAGACAUGGAUUGAUUCGCAAAUAUGGCUUAAAUAUUUGUCGACAGUGCUUCAGAGAAUAUGCUGCUGAUAUUGGUUUCAAAAAGUUGGAUUGAUCUGUGGCAACAAAGUAAUAGUUACAAUUUUGCAAACUUCCAAAUGUAAAACUCAUAUAAACAUAGAAACUUAUUAAUAUACAAAUUAAUACCAGUAAUUUACGAUGUUUAUUUACACUUGGAUUGGCUUAAGAA